CGUGACUGCCGCUACUUCCGGUUCCGGCGGUCCGUCGCCGGCGCGGUUCCCCCUUCCCUCCCUCCCCCCGCCCGCGGGGGAGCCGUUACGCGCGCGCCUCGCGGCGGUGGCGGGCGGAGGUGGCGGCGCUGCCCCCGCCCGCGCUGCCCGGCACCGCCCCUCCGCUCCGCCCUGGUGCUGCCGGCCUCAGCGACGCGCAGGUGUCGAGCUGCGUCGCACGCGUUGUAACGCGUACUAGGAAUGCAAGCUUUCGGCUAGAAGAGAUGGGAGUGUCUCCACCUCGGGGAAGUUCCGGGGGCAGCCUGACUCCCCUGGGGCUUGGGAAGCCUCCGCCCUGCCGACGCUGAAGUCCUUUCUCAAGGCUUGUAUUUCCCGUGCCACAGUACUGAAGUAAGGAUGCCUUAAACAGAUAAAUAUGGAUAAAUAUAUUAAAGUGCGGAAGAUUGGAGAAGGAUCGUUUGGGAAAGCAAUCCUGGUCAAAGCAAAAGAAAAUGGCCAGCAGUAUGUUAUUAAAGAAAUAAACAUCUCUGAGAUGUCAAAUAAGGAGAGAGAAGAAUCAAGGAGAGAAGUUGCUAUAUUGGCUAACAUGAAACAUCCAAAUAUAGUCCUGUAUAGGGAGUCGUUUGAAGAAAAUGGGUGUCUCUACAUAGUGAUGGAUUACUGUGAAGGAGGAGACCUGUUUAAAAAAAUAAAUGCCCAGAAAGGAGUCUUAUUUUCUGAGGAUCAGAUUCUGGAUUGGUUUGUACAAAUCUGUUUAGCACUAAAACAUAUACAUGAUAGAAAAAUCUUGCAUCGGGACAUAAAGUCACAGAAUAUAUUUUUGACCAAAGAUGGGACAAUACAGCUGGGAGACUUUGGAAUCGCCAGAGUUCUUAACAGUACUCUAGAACUGACUCGCAUUUGCAUAGGAACGCCAUACUAUUUGUCACCUGAAAUAUGUCAGAACAAACCUUACAACAAUAAAAGUGAUAUCUGGGCCCUUGGUUGUGUUCUCUAUGAGAUGUGCACACUUAAACAUGCGUUUGAAGCCGGUAACAUGAAAAACUUGGUACUGAAGAUCAUCUCUGGAUCUUUUACUCCUGUUUCUAUGCAUUAUUCCUACGACCUACGUAAUCUGCUAUCACAGUUAUUUAAAAUGAAUCCUAGGGAUAGACCAUCAGUCAACUCCAUAUUGGAGAAAAACUUUAUAGCCAAACGAGUUGAAAAAUUUCUCACACCACAGCUUAUUGCAGAAGAAUUCAGUCACAAAAUGUUCCAAAAGUUGGGGCCGCAUGCUGCAGCAGCAAAAAGACCAGCUCAUGGACAAAGCUUGGCUUCAGUUGCACCAGCUCAGAAAAUUACCAAACCUGCUGCAAAAUACAGAGUGCCUUUAAUGAGCAAGAAAUCUGGUGAUGCACCUAAAAAGAUUCAUGCGAAGAAGCCAUUGAUUAAAUGUGGACAGGCCUUUCCAACUCCAGUGAAGAAAAUGAAUCUGGAAGAAAGGAGGAAAAUGUUUGAGGAAGCUGCAAAAAAGAAAAGAUUAGAAUUGCCUGAAAAAGAAAAACGCCAGCGAGAUCAGAUGGAACGAGUAAACAGAGCCAGGGAACAAGGAUGGAGGAAUGUGCUUGGUUCAGGUGGAAGUGGUGAUGUUAAGGCACCAUAUUAUGGUGGUGGAGGUGGUGUUGGUCCUUUUCCUGUGUCUUCCAGAGGACAAUAUGAACACUAUCAUGCUAUUUUUUAUCAAAUGCAACAGCAAAAGGAGAACAUUAAAGUAGCUGAAGAGAGGGAAGCCAAAUGGAGGGCAGGUGUACAAGGCCAAGAAGCUGUUGAAAGAGGAAUUCCACCUGGAAUACGUCCAGGAGUUCCUAAGGGGCCUGCAGGUCAUCACCAUUUACCUGAUGCUGAUGCAAUUAGGAAAAAAAUGAAAAGAUUGAAGGAGGUGUCUAAACAAGCCAAUGCAAACAGGCAAAAAGGAUGGGUAGCUGCAGAAAGAGAAAAGCAAGUUGAAGAAUUCUGGCAACGGAAGAGAGAAGCUAUGCAAAACAAAGCUCGAGCUGAGGGACACAUGGGUACACUGCAAAACGUGGCAGAUAUCUAUGGAGGCAGGCCCAUUUCUGCAAGAGGAAGGAAGUCCAGAAACAAGGAGGAAGAGGAAUAUUUGGCAAGAUUAAGACAGAUCCGGCUACAAAACUUUAAUGAACGUCAACAGAUUAAAGCAAAACUUCGUGGAGAAAAGCUGACUGAAGCCAAGAGUGAAGCUGGCAGUUCUUCUGAUGGACAAGAAUCAAGUGAGGAAGCAGAACUGAAACGCAAAAAGAUAGUAGCACAGAAGACCCAAGCAAAUGCUCGAGCUGCCGUUCUGAAGGAGCAAUUAGAACGAAAGAGAAAGGAAGCCUAUGAAAGAGAGAAAAGAGCCUGGGAAGAACAUCUGAUAGAGAAAGGAGUAAAAAGUCCUAAUGUGCCUUCUCACGUGGGAGCUAUAGGACACAGUCCUGUGCAUGGCCUACAAGAGCAUGGAGCAUCUCUUUCUAAGCCACAACUUCCACCGAAGCCUGAUACACCAGUCCUCUCCAUGACUUCUGCUUUGAAGGAAGUGGGUGUGGAGGAAAAUGUAACUCUUAUCCAGGAAGCUGAAGAGGAAAUAAAAAAGCCAGAUUUUGCAAUGCAAAAUAAGCGAGAUAUACUGAGAAGAUUGAAUCAAAAUAUUAAAGCCCAAGAAGAUGAGAAAGGAAAAAAGGAGAGUAAAAAUAUCUCUGAAUCAGUUUUGUCUGAAGGUGGUAAGGAACAGCAAGAAGACAACUAUCCAAUUCUAGGAGAUCGCAAAAAAUGGGAAUCAGGGGCAUCUGAGUUGGUAGUUCCUCUAGCUCAGUUAUCAAUGGAAGACACUCUCUCUGGAACAGACCGACAAACUCCGGGGGAAGUAAUUAAAUUGGAUAUUGGCAAACCUCACAGGAAAGUCUGGGGCAAAAGCCCUACCGACUCAGUCCUGAAGAUUCUAGGAGAAGCAGAGUUGCAGCUUCAGACUGAAUUACUAGAGGAACUAGAUGUAACAAAUGAAGUUAUUGAAGGAGACUCUCAGUCUUUAACCAUAAAAGAGAAUAAUGAAGAGAAAGCUUUUCCUACUGUGGGAGCUAAGUCUUCAGUACCAGUUGGUAUUGCUCAACCUGAAACGUCUGUACCAGAAGAUUCACAAAGAGCUGAACCUACCCAGGUGCAGUACAAGCCUCUUCUGCUGGAUGAGCCUGAUGAUUUGGAAGCAGAGAUGUUGGAAGAAACAGAAGAAAAUAAAAAGCACAAAACCAAGGAAUUUCCCAUCACUGUUAAUGAUGUGUGGGUAAAAGAGAAAGAGGAUAAGGCACAAUGUGACAAAAGAAAUGAGGUGGCUUUUGAGAAGGUAGUCCUUGACAAGAAGCAACCACAAGAAGAAGCUGCAGAAGGAACUCGUUCCAGUGACUCUCUGCAACCUGAACCCUUAUUCCAGAGGGUAAUACACACCCCAAUUGUACUGACCGCCUCACCAGUUCUUUCAGCUCAGUCUUCCCAGGAAGAACCCUUGGUACCUCAUUCACGUUCCAUAUCACCAGCAAAAAUUAAAGGCAAAAGUUCUUUGUUGACAGGACUUUCUACAGGGCUGUUUGAUGCAAACAACCCAAAGAUGUUGAGAACAUGCUCACUCCCCGAUCUUUACAAAUUGUACAGAAUUCUCGUUGAUGUUCCCAGUGUAGCAGAUGUGCAGCAUCAAGAUGAUCUUGAAAUAGAUGAUACAGAAGAUGAACAAGCCAAAGAAGGACCCUCUGAUUCUGAGGAUAUUAUGUUUGGGGAGGCAGAUACAGAUUUGCAGGAACUCCGGGCCUCAAUGGAACAAUUACUUAGGGAGCAGCCUAGUGAGGAAUUCAGUGAAGAGGAGGAAUCUACUUUAAAGGCCAAUGCCAUAGAAUGCAUAACAAACGGUACAGAGCUGGAUGAAGAUGAUGAAAAUAACCCCAGCAGUGAAAGUGCACUUAAUGAAGAAUGGCAGUCAGAUAAUAGUGAUGGAGAGAUUGCCAGUGAAUGUGAAGAAUGUGAUAGUGUCUUCAGCCAUUUGGAAGAGUUGAGAUAUAACCUGGAGCAGGAAAUAGGCUUCGAUAAAUUCAUUGAAGUUUAUGAUAAAAUAAAGGCUAUACAUGAAGAUGAAGAUGAAAAUAUUGAUGCUUGUUCAACCAUAGUUCAAACUAUUCUGGGAAAUGAACACAAACAUCUGUAUGCCAAAAUACUUCACCUAGUAGUGGCAGACGGAGCCUACCAGGAAGAUAAUGAUGAAUAAACCUGACUCAGGAAAUUCCUUAACGCUGUACUAUAUAUCAGAGUUUGAAUUCUGCACAGUGGAAUAACAGUUGCAGCAGGAAAUUGUAACAUGGGGCAGGAAUAAGAAGAUGUAAGAAAAGCAUGUUGAUUGUAUAAAAAAGGGGGGGAAACAUGCCUUUUAAAUUGAGAUAUUUAUACAUUUCUUUUGUGUUCUUGCAUAUGUGUUCAUUAACUAUUACUUGCCCAAAAUGAAAAAAUAUAUGUAAUUCAACUUUCAAAUUCAAGCUGAAGUACAGAGAAGAAUGCCUGAAGAUGUUCGGAUACAAAAUGGAGACCUAUCGUGUAAUACAGAAUCUUUGCCAUCUCAGCAGUUGGCUGGUAGGAUGAGAAACCAAUUGGAAAGAUUACCACGUUGUGAAAGUAUCCGCUUCUAGCUGUUUACUUGCAUGCUCUUUACACCUACAUACAGAAGUUGCUUCAUUUUUAUUGACCCUGGUGGCUGUAUGUCAUAACAUCUUAAUCUAGUGGUCCAGUUUGAGUAUUUCAUUUUUCUUAAUAAAAAUAUAUUUUAUUUUGAAGCUUAAGGCUUUGUCACUUUUUAACCAGUGUCAUCUGAAAUUUCUUGAUGUUUCCAAAAUGAUGUUUCCAAAUUGAGGCAAAGUGAUACUUCAAUCAUCAUUGAAUUUUUUGAAUUUUCUUGAGAUUGUGCAAUUCAUCUGGAGCUAGAAGAUUUUUUUUUCCAAUAUUUUUCUUCCUUUUCCCCUUCUCCCUCCCCUGGCCCUUCCCCAAAAUUCCAAAUAUUUAAUUCUUUGAAUUUUGCGAUCUGGUCGAUGAUAAUAUUGUAAGCUGUUGAAAGGGGUUUCUUGGGAUUUCUUUAUUUACUUUGUUUCUAAAUUCUUGCUGUUAUACUCAGAGCUCCAGCAGCCACAGGGAUGAAAAUAAAAUAUUGCAGGCACAAAUGCUAUACCAUGCUUGUCGACUUUUGGCUCAUAUUUUGGAGCUUGACUUCCUCCUCCCCACCCCUGGAAAAGGAAACCAAGCAAGCAAGCAGACUUCUUCUGCUCACCUCUCCUUGCACUGUUCCUUCUAGCAGAACAGUAGUAUACAGGAUAGAAGUUAGGCCUGUUGUUGUUUUCCAGUUAUUGUCUCUGGAAAAGCUUUACCAGCUUUACCCAUUCAAUAGUCUGUUGUUAUAGAUGAAAGGAACUGUCAAACUGCCCUACUGGAAAAAGUAGAUUUUUUUUUCUCAGCCACUGUGAAGUAACAGCCAGUCAGAAUAAUCUAAAAUUGUCUAAAGUUACUUUUACACAGAGUGAAAUCUAGUAUGUAUAUUAUUUAUAACUGUCAAAAUAUGUACAUGAUUUUUGUAUAAUUGUUUUACUGUGUUGUUAUUAAAAUUUUGCCCACUGAAAA